AUGAGCAGCUUGAUACUCAAGAGACCAAAACUUCUUGACACUAGAGCCAAAAAAAAGAACUUUGACUUGUCAUCAGAACAAGAAAAAACUCCUAUUAUAAAAGCAGAAACAGCAAACAUGCCAUAUUUACCAAAUAGUAAACUAAGUAAAAGCAACAACCAAAGUGAUGAAAACUGGGCCAGUAACAUAGAACAAGAAGAACAACCAGUUGGUAAAGGCAAACAAAAAGCUACUUCUUCUAUAAGCAAAAACAGCAAGGACUUAACCUUUGAGGAAAACACAAGUAGUAUCCCUAUUUCAAAACAUGGUUCACCUUCAAUAGAAGCUAAUCACAAGAACACAAAUAAUGAAACAUCUGCUACAAACUAUGACUAA